AUGUUUUCGAGACCCCUUUUGUUUUUUCUUCUGACGUUGACGCUCAGCUGUGCUGCUGCCUCAACUCUGUCACCGUCUGAUCUUGUCGUAAGAAAUAGCCCUGGCAAGACAGCUUCGGAAACCCUACGAGCACUCAGACGAUACCUUACAAACGCACGGAUCGAGGGUAGACAAAAGAAGUUCAGUAACAGCACCUCAUUAGACAAGAGCUUCGACAAUGCCGUGCUAUUCAAGUAUGUGCAAGAAGUAGACGUCGGAAAUGAGAAUGUCACCGCGACAGCUGGCAUCAAUAUCGUCUGCACAAAGUGCUACAUCAAGGGAAACGCUAGCGCACAUCUCACAAUUGACGGCCCUUUCAACGCGACGAAAGUGGCCAAGGACAUUGGGAACGAGUUUGAGGAAACAUUUGACAACCUGACGACUUACGCAAAGGAUUAUGUCUCCGGAGUGGCAAAGAAGUUGUCUGACGGCUUCGAUACUGAUGAUUUCGACUUCCCUCCUCUUAACAUAACAUUUGACAUAGAUGUUCCCCAGUUUCCAGAAUGCCAACUUGGAUUCGGGUUUGACGGGUUCGAGAUGUACAUGCAGCUUGACACAACCCUUUCCGCUGGUCUAACGUACACGCUGAAUUUGUACACCUCGCAAACUCCUCUCGGCUCAAGAAUCGGCGACGAUUUGUUGCUUGGAGUUGUUUUCAGCAUCGACUUGAUCCUGAGCGUCGAGGCAGAGAUUCAGAUGACGAGUGGCUUUCACAUCAAGAUGGACGAUCAAGUUGCCUUUGACAUUGCCCUUUUCUCGAGAAACGUCUCAAGCAUUGCUUUUAACGGUGGAAAAUUUGAGUUUCUUCCUGUUGUCAUUGAAAGCGCAGGAGCAGCGCUGAAGGCCGUGCUUCGCGUGGGGAUUAACGCGGGUAUCGAAAUAUCAUCGCCCGUUGACAGCAAGGAAGUUGUGCUCUUCGAUCAAACUCUCAAAAUCCCAGGCGCCUCUGCCGGAAUCGAGGUCUCGGUAUUUGCCAACAUUGCGGAGCUUAGCACCAACGUCACAGUCCUCCCGGAAGCUGACGAAGACGGAUGUGUUCUUCGCGCCGUGAAUGCUUACCAGUUCGCUCUUGGUGCUGCAGCGGGUGCAUCUGUGGAGAUUGGAGAUCGCAUCUGGGGCCCAACGCCCAACACACAAAUUCCCAUCUUCUUUACAACGCUUGAGAAUGGCUGUGCUAGCCGAAGAGUCCCCACUGCUUCAACGGUCGCCACGAUGUCUGCUACUCUAGCGAAAGCGAGAAGAGACGAAGACCUGACCACUAGUACGCUGACCAAGAAGUUUACUUAUACUGGGGUUGAGUGUUUGGCUACUGGUGUUAUCAAUUGCCCUCCCGCUUCGCAAACACUCAGGAAGUUCGUUGCCACUGAGACCAUUGUUUCUAUUUUUGGUUCCGGCACCACUGCGGUGUUUCCGCAGGUCACUCAAGCAUCCAUUCGGAGCCUUGAACCCUUCGGGUCUGAAAUGAAACCAAUGAUUUCAACGAGUGGUACUCCGCAGGUUUAUACGCCACCCGUGUCUUCCACCAGCACGAGCCCAUCGCCUUCCGCCACAGACACUAGUCCACCUGAUAUCUUUGAGGAUCAGAUUAAAGGAAUCGACAAGAAGGUCAUCAUUGGCGUCAGUGUUGGUGCUAGUGUUCUGGUCUUAGCCGCGCUUAUUGGAGGUUUUCUACUCUACCGACGAAGAAGAAAAUAUUCACCAAUUGUCAAGUCAGAAAGCCGUGUUGCGUAUGCGCAAGGCUCUGGCCACUUCGAUUCAUACGAUGAGAUGAAGAGCAAGCCUCAAGCCAAAGUUUACAUCCGCCCAGUCAUACGAAAUUGA